AUGAGACGCAGUACAAUCCAAAUAGCCAGACGGGUCGCAAAUGACCGGCUCUCGCUGUCAAGACGAGCCCUGACUUGCUCCGGCGCAAGAUGUUCGUCCACAAGCUCUAGAGAAUGGUCCACGCCUCUGGCAAAGACUCUAGGAGAGGCUAUCACCACGACUGGUCCUAUCUCAGUAGCAGCAUACAUGCGACAAUGCCUGACCUUCCCCGAAACCGGUUACUACACGCAGUCAAACGAAGGCAAAGACCCCUUUGGCAAGAAAGGAGACUUUGUCACAUCUCCCGAGAUCUCCCAAAUAUUCGGUGAACUUAUCGGACUAUGGUUUGUGGCAGAAUGGAUCGCCCAAGGCAGAAAGAGCAGUGGUGUCUACCUCAUGGAAAUGGGCCCUGGACGAGGAACCUUGAUGGACGACAUGCUGAGAUCGAUUCGCAACUUCAAACCUCUGGCUCAGGCUAUCGAUGGCAUCUACAUGGUUGAAGCUAGUCCAUCUUUGCGUCAAGCCCAGCACAAGCUUCUCUGUGGCGACAAUCCUCUUGAGGAAAUUGAUAUUGGCUACAAGAGUACAUGCAAGUAUACUCCGGACCUGAACAUUAUCUGGUGCGAGGACAUCCGUUUCGUGCCCAGAGAGACAGACAGCUCGCCCUUCAUUGUUGCUCACGAGUUUUUCGAUGCCCUGCCCGUCCAUGUCUUUGAAUCUGUCAAGGCCCAGGCUGCUCCCAAGCAGAUCCGCACCCCAACUGGUAUCCACAAAGUCGACCCAUCAGCCACUGGAAACCCAGGCACUGUCUCUCAAUGGCGCGAACUUGUCGUCUCACCUACCUCGCCUUACGCAACCCAUGAUACCCUCAACACUCCCAAAUCACAACGCGAUCAACCUGUCCCUGAAUUCUCUCUCACUCGCGCUCAAGCCGCCACACCACACUCCCUCUUCCUCCCCGAACAGUCUCAACGCUACAAGAACCUCAAAGACACAGAAGGCUCUGUCAUCGAAAUAAGCCCUGAGUCACAAACCUACGCCGCAGACUUUGCCGUCCGAAUUGGUGGCGGUGUUAGCCCCUCAGCCCUCUACACCAACCACCCAGACCAAACUCCUCCUCCCGUAGGCCGCCGCGUAUCUCCCCGCCGUGCCGUCGAAGAAAUCGUCAAGAAGCAAGCUUCGGGCGCUGCACUAAUCCUUGACUACGGAACCGCAUCUACCAUUCCUGUAAACUCGCUUCGUGGUAUCAAGGAACAUCGUAUGGUGUCUCCACUCUCGGAACCCGGCAAAGUCGACAUCAGCGCUGAUGUAGACUUCCUCGCUCUGGCCGAGAGUGCCAUCAAUGCAUCUCUGCACGUUGAAGUCCAUGGCCCCAUUGAUCAAGCCCGCUUCCUCACUGCCAUGGGAAUUGAACAACGAGCAGCACAACUCGUCAAACUCGCUGUUGAUCGCGAAAGAGGCAGUGUUGCCGAAAAGCAAGGUGCACAAAGAACUAAAAGCGAUCUUACGGAAACGGUAAAGAGGAUUGAGAGUGGGUGGAAGAGGUUGGUGGAUGUAGGUCCCCAGGGAAUGGGAAAGUUGUAUCAGGUGAUGGCUAUCUUGCCGCAUGUGCCCCCGAAGCAGGGGGAGCAGCCUAGGAGACCUGUUGGUUUUGGUGGUGAUGUGGCUGUUUAG